AUGGGUGCCGUGGUGCCACACAGGCAAUGGUGCAAGCGGACUGUGCAGGAUACAGCAGAGGAGGAGGUGACCCCACGGCGCGAGGACGCAGUGCCCUGCACCAGCCUCUACCACUACAGCCUGGCGGGAUGGCGGAUUGACCAGGACCGAAUGCGCCGGGUCUAUGGUGGGGACCACGGUGAGCCCCAGCCUGACUCUGGCACCCCCCUCUGCUACAUAUACCGGCCCCCAGAGACGCGGCCAGUGGUGUGGAACCGCACGGUGCUUGCCUGCUGCCAGGGCUGGAGCGGGCCCCACUGCACUGAAGGCGAAGGCUUGCUGGGGCACUGCUAUGGCACAUGGCAGUGCCAGGACACUGCCGGCAGCCGCAACCUCUCUGCUAUGAGCCUGUCCGAGUGCUGCCGGCACCCCUGGGGGCACAGCUGGAGGAACGGCUCCGGUUCCAGCGCACCGUGCCUCUCCUGCACCCGCCUGCCCCUUGCUGGAGAGGUGUCCCCACAGCCAUCGCCUGCUGUGUCUCUGCAUGGAGCGGCCGCCCACCACCAGGGCCUCUGGGCUGGCUGCAUGACCUGGGCAGGGUCCCGCUACCGCACCUUUGACGGGACACACUUCCACUUCUCUGGCGAGUGCACCUACGCCCUGGCUGCUGCUGCUGAUGGCACAUGGGCCAUCACCAUCACUGCCGGCAAUCCCCGGGCACUGCACAUGACCUUCGGGGUGGGCACGGUGGUGGCCCAGGGACAGAACAUCUCUGUGGAUGGUGUGGUGGUGCCGGAGGGACAACCGUACCUGCACAACGGGAUCAGCGUGACGUGGCUGGGUGACUGGGUGGCUGUGGCGAGUGCGCUGGGUGUGCGGGUGACCUCGGACAGGAGCCGGGCAGUCACGGUGAUGGUUGACACUGAGCUGUGGGGCGGCACACGGGGGCUCUGUGGCCCCUACAACGAUGACCCUGCUGAUGACUUCCAGCAGCCUGGAGGGAAUGUGGCCACAUUUGCCGCCAGCUUUGGCAAUUCCUGGAAGAUCCCAGACAACAGCCCAGAGCCCCGGUGCAGGGAUGCAGUGGAGCUCAGCCCCAGCUGUGCAGCGGGCAAUGCAGCACGGCAGGCAGCCGAGGCCGAGUGUGAGAAGCUCCUGGCCGAGCCCUUCCAUGCAUGCCAUGACAAGGUUGACCCUGGUGGCUUCCACACUGCGUGCCUGGAGCUGCUGUGCCGGGAAGGCGAUGCCGGGCAGUUGCUGAGCUCCAGCAUCUGCGACACCUUCGCUGCCUAUGCACGGGAAUGUGCCCGGCACCAAACCAGCAUUGACUGGCGCCGGCCUGGCUUCUGCGAGCGACACUGCGGUGAGGGACAGAGAUUCUCGGACUGUGUCUCCUCAUGCCCUGCCAGCUGUGCGGCUGUUGGCAGUGCCGAGGAUGGGCCAUGCCACCAGGACUGCGCCGGUGGCUGCGAGUGCAUGCCGGGGCUCUACCGGGACGGGAUGCUGUGCGUGCCCCCAAGCCUCUGCCCCUGCCACCACCACCGCCAGCGCUAUGCCCCGGGACAGAGCAUCCGCCAGCGCUGCAAUCGGUGCAUAUGCGAGGGCGGGCGCUGGCUCUGCAGCCAGGACCGGUGCCCCGGGGAGUGCGCGGUGCUGGGCAGCCACCACUACAUCACCUUUGACCGCCGGCACUUCUCCUUCCUGGGCACCUGUGCCUACACCCUGGUGCAGGACUUCGUGGAGGCACAGCUGCUGAUCAUGGCUGAGCACGAGGCUUGCGAUGGCCGCCAGCCCCUCGGCUGCCGCCGGACCCUCACCAUCAGUGCCCGCCGGAUCUCUGCCCGUCUCCAUGGCACAGGCGAGGUGAUGGUGGAUGGGCAGGAGGUGAUGCUGCCCUUUGCCGGUGCCGAGCUGAGCAUCCGCCGCGUGUCCUCGGCAUUCCUGCUGCUCCAGACCUUUGGGGCCCAUGUCCUGUGGGGAGUGGAUGCUCCUGCUGCCUACAUCACCCUCCAGCCCUCCUUCGCCCACAAGGUGCGGGGUCUCUGCGGCACCUACAACUGGAACCAGGGGGACGAGUUCACCACCCCAGCAGGUGAUGUGGAGAUCAGUGUCGCUGCCUUCGCCAACAAAUACCGGGUGUCCAGCGAGUGCCCUGCGCUCGGACCCAUCCCACUGCAGCCCUGCGGUGACUUCAGCGGGCAGCAGGCGCUCGCCGAGGCUGCCUGUGCCAUCCUGCAGGGCCCGACCUUCCAGCCGUGUCACCAGGUCAUGGACCCAGAGCCGUUCCUGCAGCUCUGCCUGUGGGAUGCCUGCACCUGCCAGGAUGGGCAGCGCUGCCUGUGCCCGGUGCUGGGUGCCUAUGCCCGGGAGUGUGGCCGGGAAGGAGUGGAGCUGGUGUGGAGGAACCAGAGCUUCUGUGAUGUGCCAUGCGGCGGAGGGCAGCGGUACCUGGACUGUGGCCACCCCUGUGGCCAGACCUGUGCCGACCUGCGUGGUGACAGCAAUGGGACCAGCUCCUGCCGCGGCCUGGAUGGACUCUGUGUCCCCAGCUGCCAGUGCCCAGCCGGGCUGGUGCUGGCUGAGGGCGGGAUGUGUGUCCCACCUGGAGCCUGUCCCUGCCAGCACGGCACUGCGUUCCUCCCGUCUGGCAGCCGCAUCCGCCGGAGCUGCAGCACCUGUGUCUGUGCUGGUGGAUCAUGGCACUGCACCGCAGCUGCCUGCCCCAUGGCAACCCUGUGCCCUGGGGGGCUGAUCCAUGUGCCAGGCUCCUGCCUGCGCCACUGUGACAGUGCCGAGCCCAACGGCACCUGCGCUGGCAUCGCCGACGGCUGCGUCUGCCCCCCUGGCACUGUCUUCCUGGACGGACGCUGUGUGUCUCCGGCAGAGUGCCCAUGCCAGCACAGUGGGCGGUUGUACCGGCCCAACGACACCAUCGUCUGGGACUGUAACACAUGCGUGUGCCGGCAGCAGCGCUGGCACUGUGGCCAGGAGGAGUGCGCUGGCACCUGCGUGGCCACGGGAGACCCCCACUACAUCACCUUCGAUGGCCGAGCCUUCUCCUUCCCUGGCGACUGCGAGUACCUGCUGGUGCGCGAGGUUGACGGGCUCUUUGCUGUCACCGCCGAGAACGUGCCCUGUGGCACUGGAGGCGUCACCUGCACCAAAUCAGUGGUGGUGGUGAUGGGCAACACCGUGGUGCACAUGCUGCGGGGGAGGGAUGUGACAGUGAACGGGGUCCCGGUGCGACCUCCCAAAGCCUACACCGGCACUGGGCUGACUCUGGAGCGCGCCGGCCUCUUCCUCCUCCUCCUCACCCGCAUGGGGCUGGCAGUGCUCUGGGAUGGAGGCACACGGGUGUACAUCCGGCUGGAGCCGCGGCACCGGAGCCGUGUGGCCGGGCUCUGCGGCAACUUCGACGGUGACGCCGAGAACGAUCUGUCCAGCCGGCAAGGGGUGCUGGAGCCCAGCGCUGAGCUCUUCGGCAACUCCUGGCGCCUCAGCCUGCUCUGCCCCGAGGUGGACGGCGCUGGUGCACGGCACCCCUGCACCGAGAACCCGCACCGGGCAGUGUGGGCCCGCAGGCGCUGCAGCAUCCUCCGGCAGCGGCUCUUUGAGCCGUGCCACGAUGCAGUGCCGUGCCAGCGCUUCUACGACUGGUGCAUCUUUGAUGCCUGCGGCUGUGACUCUGGUGGGGACUGUGAGUGCCUGUGCACGGCCAUUGCCACAUAUGCCAAGGAGUGUGGCCAGCAUGGCAUCCACGUGCGAUGGAGGAGCCAGGAGCUGUGCCCCCUGCAGUGUGAUGGGGGGCUGGAGUACAGCCCCUGCGGACCCCCCUGCCCUCCAACCUGCCACAACCUUGGCCGCGAGCCCCCAGAGCACUGUCGGGACCUGUCCUGCCUGGAGGGGUGCUUCUGCCCCCAAGGAAGGGUCCUGCACGACGGAGGCUGCAUCAAGCCUGACGAGUGCCCGUGCUUCUGGGAUGGCUUCUCCUUCCCGGCCGGUGCCACAGUGCAACAGGGCUGCAAGAACUGCACAUGCGCGGCAGGUGAGUGGCACUGCCCAUCCUCACCGGAGCCGUGCCCACCCGUGCCGUGCGCCGCGUGGGAGUUCUCGUGCCGCGCCGACGGGCGCUGCGUGCCGGGUGCCUGGGUGUGUGACAACGAGGAGGACUGCGGCGACGGCUCGGACGAGGUGUGCGCCCCGCGCUGCGCCCCACACCAGCACCGCUGCGCCGGAGGGCAGUGCCUGGCCUGGGGUGCCCGCUGCGAUGGCGUCCGUGACUGCAGCGACGGCUCCGACGAGAGCGGCUGCCCCACAGCCUCCUGUGUGCCCCCUGAGUUCUCCUGCGCCAGUGGCCGCUGCAUCCCCCCCGAGCGUGUCUGCGAUGGGGAGCUGGACUGCGGCUUCGCCGAUGACUCAGAUGAAGCAGGCUGCAGCCCGAGCUGCGGUGUGGGUGAGUUCCGCUGCGCGUUGGGCCGCUGUGUGCUGUACCCACACCGCUGCGAUGGCCGCGACGACUGCGGCGACUUCAGUGACGAGCGUGGCUGCGUCUGCCCCCCUGGGCACCUCCAGUGUCCCGAUGCACAGUGCCUGCCCCCAACCACUGUCUGUGAUGGCCACUGGGACUGUGCCAACGGCACCGAUGAGGAGUUCUGCCCAGACCGGGUGACCUGCGCCGCCGGGGAGCUCCCAUGCCCUGAUGGCUCCUGCAUCAGUGAGGCUGCGGUUUGUGAUGGUGUCAGUGACUGUCACGAUGGCUGGGACGAGAGCCCAGCGGGGUGUGCAGCGGCACUGCCCGCUGCAGUGCCCACCACCAACACCUCUGCAGCACCGGCAUGCGGCCCCUCGGCCUUCACGUGUGGCAGUGGAGAGUGCGCACCGCGGGGCUGGCUCUGUGAUGGCGAGGCCGACUGCGGCGAUGGCAGCGAUGAGCUGGGCUGUGCUGGUGGCUGUGAGCCCGGACACUUCCCCUGCACCCAUGGCACCGACUGUGUCCCCUAUGGACACCUCUGUGAUGGCAUCCCACAGUGCCAUGACCGCUCUGACGAGAGCGAGGACCGCUGCGGCUCCACCACCAUCCCGCUGUGCCCAGGGAACUUUGCCUGCGAUGGUGGCCUGUGCCUCAACAUGUCUAGGGUCUGCGAUGGGGACACCGACUGUCCCCAGGGCGAGGACGAGCUGCUCUGUGGUGAGGGCAGGGGGCUGUGGGCUGUGGGUCGAGGCAACAAGACAGGGGGCCCCUGUGCUGAAUACGCCUGCAGUGGGGGCGAGUGUGUUGCCUUCCAGCAGGUGUGCGAUGGCAUUCCGGACUGCGGUGCCGGUGGGGAGGACGAGCGGGAUUGCGGUGAGUGGGGGCCAUGGGGGCCGUGGGGCACCUGCACCCAUUCCUGUGGCCCCGGCCUGCAGCACCGCACACGGGGCUGCCGCCAGCACCAUCCUGGAGUGCUGCACCGGUGCCGCGGGCAGGCUGUGGAGCAGCGGCAGUGCUUCAGCAUCGCCUGCCCCGUUGACGGUGCCUGGGCCGAGUGGGGUCCCUGGUCCUCGUGCCCUGGGGGCUGUGGGGGGCUGCGGCAGCGGCAGCGGCAAUGCCAACCCCCCCGGAACGGCGGCCGCCCCUGCAGUGACCUGCCUGGAGAGACCCCCGGUGCUCUUGAAACGGCCCCCUGCACCCCGGGUGGCUGCCCCAACACCUCCUCCUGCCCGGAGGGGCUGCGGCCAUGGCCCUGUGCUCCCUGCCCCGCAUCCUGCGCCGACGUCUCCACCGGUGCCGCGUGCCGGCAGGACCGGUCCUGCAGCCCAGGGUGCUGGUGCGCGGCGGGGCUGGUGCUGGACGAGGGCCGGUGCGUGCUGCCGCGGGAGUGCCCGUGCCACGCCGCGGGGCUGCGGCACGGCUCGGGGCAGCCGGUGAAGGUGGAUUGCCGGCUCUGCGUCUGCCUGGGCGGGCAGCUGCGGCGCUGCCGGCAGAACCCCGACUGCGCCGUGCACUGCGGCUGGUCGGCGUGGUCGGCGUGGGGCGAGUGCCCCGGGCCCUGCGGCACGCAGAGCGUGCAGUGGUCGUUCCGCAGCCCCACCAACCCCAGCCAGCGCGGCGGCGGCCGGCACUGCCGCGGCAUCUACCGCAAGGCGCGCAGGUGCCAGACGGCGCCGUGCCGGCAGUGCCAGUCCCGGGGCCGUCGGCGCGCACCGGGGGAGCGGUGGCGUGAGGAGCCGUGCCACGUGUGCCAGUGCCUGCCCAGCCUGGCCGUGCGGUGCUCGCCCUACUGCCCGCACCGCGCCGCCGGCUGCCCGCAGGGCCGGAUGCUGGUUGAUGGCCACGGGGACUCCUGCUGCUACUGUGCCCCUGCGGGUGACAACGUGACGACCACCCCCCCGGUGCUGCCGACAGCGGAGGCCCCCUCGUACGCGCCGACAGAGCCCCCCAGCUCCUCCCUGCUCACCUUCCCGCUGCCUCCCCUUGGCGAUCCCUGUUACCUCCCGCUGGGCACCGCGGCUCUGCCGGACAGCAGUUUCAGUGCCUCAUCGGAGCAGGCGGAGAGCCUGGCACACGCUGCCCGGCUGCACGGUGGUGACCCCAGGGAACCGCUGCAGGGCUGGGCCCCCCCGGAUGAUGCCUACACGGCACUGCCCGACGAUCCCCCCUUCCUGCAGCUGGACCUGCUGCAGCCCACCAACAUCACCGGGGUGGUGGUGCAGGGAGCCGGCUCCUCUGACGCCUUCGUCACUGCCUUCCUGCUGCAGUUCAGCGCCGAUGGCACUCGCUGGCACCUCUACCGCUACCUGACCAACGGCACCACCAAUGCCCAGCUCUUCCAGGGCAACCAGGAUGCCAGCACACCAGUGGCGCGGCUGCUAGGCCGCAUGGUGCAGGCGCAGCAUGUCCGCAUCCUGCCCCAGGACUUCCACAACCGCAUCGUGCUGCGCACUGAGCUACUGGGCUGCCCCCCAGUGCCCCCAGCCUGGCAUGGGGCUGUGACAGUGCCAGUGACACCGGUGAUGCUGCCAGUGAUACCUAUGAUGCCAGUGACACUGACGAUGCCAGUGACACGGAGCCAGCGCCCCUGUGCCAUGGAAGAGUUCCAGUGUAGGAAUGGCGAAUGUGUCCUUGGGGGUCCCCGGGAUCUCCUCUGUGAUGGUGUCACCGACUGCCCUGAUGGCACUGAUGAGGCUGGCUGUGGGUCCCCCAGCACCACCAGCCCUGUGGCCCCUGUGGCAGCCGGCAUCCUGGUGCUGAGCACAACCAUGCAGCCACUGCCAGUGCCCCCAGCCACGGUGUCCCCUGGGAUGGGAACCCAGCUGCCACCCAAAGGUGCUGAGCCCACUCCACCAGGCACCUGUGCUCCAGCCCCUUGGGGGAACUGGGGUCCCUGCAGCCGCUCCUGUGGGCUGGGGGUCGCCCUCCGGCAGGCUCUGCCCGGGGGUGGCUGUGCACGGACCCCCCCCGACACCCGCAUCUGCUUCCUGCGUGCCUGCCCAGUGCCUGGCGGGUGGGCAGCCUGGGGGUCCUGGUCCCCCUGUGAUGCCACAUGUGGGGGGGGCGUGCGGAGCCGGGAACGGAGCUGCAGCGACCCCCCUCCAAAGAACGGGGGGGCUCCGUGCCCGGGGGGGCACCUUCAGACCCAGCCCUGCAGCCUCCAGCCCUGCGGAGACCCCCCAGCCUGCGGCCCCCGCAUGGUGCUUGUGCGGACCGAGGACUGCGAGGGGGAACGGGACCCCCCCUGCACCCGGAGCUGCGGUGACCUCGGUGCCAACGGCACCUGCGAGCGGCGCUGCCAGGCCGGCUGCUGGUGCCCGCCGGAGCUGUUCCUGCAGGACGGAGCCUGUGUCGAUGCCGGUGAGUGCCGGUGCCAUGUGCCCGGUGAGCAGCGCCAGCCCGGCGAGGUGUUCCUGCAGGACUGCCGGCGGUGCACGUGCCACAACGGGACUGUGACAUGCGAGGACGCGUCCUGCCCCGUGGACUGUGGCUGGUCCACGUGGUCACCGUGGACCCCCUGCAGUGGCAGCUGCGGCGCGGGGACGCAGGAGAGGUUCAGGUCACCCACCAACCCCGCGGUGGCUGCCGGAGGAGCGCCCUGCACCGGGGCGGCGCGGGAGCUGCGCGAGUGCCACGAACCCUGCGGCACCGGUGGGUGACACGGAGCACAUUGACCCCCCCCCCCACCUGCCGCGGGCACCCCGCAAACCCCACACGUCCGUUUGUCCGUCCCGGCAGAGCUCGGCAGCGCCUGGAGCCCCUGGGCGCCCUGGUCCGAGUGCUCCGUGUCCUGCGGCGCCGGUGAGCAGAAGCGGCACCGGACCUGCCCCGAGCCGGCACAGGGGGAGCCCUGCACCGGCCCCCACCUCCAGACACGGGACUGUAACACCCAGCCCUGCCACGCGCGGUGCCCCCUGCCCGCUCGGUACCGCACUGCUGCCCAGUGCCGCGCCACGGGGGGGCCCUGCCCGCGCCUCUGCCUGGACCUGGCGGCGGGUGUGGAGUGCGCCGCGCGCUGCCGAGACGGCUGCGCCUGCCCCGCGGGGCUCCUGCUGCACAACCGGAGCUGUGUGCGCCCCGCGAGCUGCCCCUGCUACCACCGCGGCCGCCUGUACCUGCCGGGGGACACUGCGGCCGGGGACACCUGCAACAACUGCACCUGCACGGCCGGGGCCAUGGUGUGCGGCACGGAGCCAUGCACAGAGGCACCGUGGGGCGCGUGGUCGCCGUGGGGCCCCUGCAGCGUCUCCUGCGGCGGUGGCGAGCGGCUGCGCCGGCGGCAGUGCCACCGGCCCGAGUGUGCAGGGCUGGGCCUGCAGAGCCAGAUGUGCAACACCCACGUGUGCCGCGACUCGGGCUGCCCGCGGGGGCGGGUGUUCCGCGAGUGCGUGGGCGGGGCCUGCCCCUUCAGCUGCGCGCACGUGUCCGGGCGCGUGGGCUGCGGGGGCGGGGCCUGCGCCCAGGGCUGCGGCUGCCCCGUGGGGACCUUCUUGCACCGCGGGGAGUGCGUGGGGGAGUGUCCGUGUGCGCUGCCGGCCCAGCUCCUGCGGCAGCUGCAUGACGGAUCCAGCGGCACCGCUGAGCCCCAGCUGCUGCCCGGGCAGGAGCUGCCCGCGGGGGGCACCGUGCGCACGGCCUGCGCCAACUGCACGUGCCAUCACGGCCACCUGAACUGCACGGAGCUGGAGGACUGCUGGCGGGAUGGGGCUUGGGGGUCCUGGAGCCCCUGGAGCCCCUGUGCACCCACAUGUGGGGGGCUGGGGCUCAGCACCCGCCAAAGGGUCUGCACCAGCCCCACACCGGCCCAUGGCGGCCGGGACUGCACUGGAGCCCACACUGACACCAUGUACUGCCGGACCCCUGACUGCCCCGCCAUGCUCACCCCCACGCCGAGGCCCAGCCCCACAUCCCCGGGUGCCGAGGCCGGGGGAGGCUUCGGGCCCUGGUCUCCCUGGAGCCCCUGCUCCCAGAGCUGCACCCGCCCCGAGGCCCCGGCCACCAAGAGCCGCAACCGCUCCUGCAGUGGCCCUGGGGACUGCGGUGGGGAGAGCCAGCAGCAGCAGGCCUGCAACCUGCCCCACUGCGACGCCCCCCCCUGCCCUGGUGGAGCCUGUGACUGCGAGUGGACAUCGUGGGGCCAGUGGGGCGGUUGCUCCCGCAGCUGCGGGGGGGGGCUGCAGCUGCGCCUGCGGGCGUACACCCCCCCCGGGCCGGGGGGGCGAUGGUGCCCCGACAUCGACAGCGGCAGCACCGAGCGUCGCGCCUGUGGCCUGCGCCCCUGCACUGUGGACGGCGCCUGGUCCCCCUGGAGCCCCUGGUCACGGUGUGACCGGACGUGCGGGGGGGGCCGGUCCCUGCGCAGCCGCUCCUGCACCCGUCCCCCUCCCAAGAACGGGGGUGAGCCCUGCCCUGGGGAGCGGCACCAGCUGCGGCUCUGCAACCCCCAGCCCUGCGGGCAGAGCUGUCCCCCGGGCACGGUGCUGGUGCCCUGCGCCAACCGCUGCCCGCGGCACUGCGGGGACCUGCGUGCGGGGCUGUCCUGCGGGCCCGAGGAGCGCUGCCUGCCCGGCUGCCGCUGCCCCGACGGGCGGCUGGAGCAGGACGGCGGCUGCGUGCCCCUCGCCCGCUGCGAGUGCACGGACGCGGCCGGGCGCGGGUGGGAGCCCGGGAGCCGCCACCGCGACGGGUGCGAGAGCUGCGAGUGUGACAGCGGCCGCCUGCGCUGCACCCGCCAUGGGUGCCCCCAGCCACAGUGCCGCUGGAACCCCUGGGGCCGAUGGGAGCCCUGCACCGUCACCUGCGGGCACGGGCGGCAGCACAGGCACAGAACCCCCAUCGCAGUGGCAGGUGCUGUGCCAUGCGAGGGCCCGCAGGAGCAGAGCCGGGACUGUGCUGAGGGGCCCUGUCCGGCCCUGUGCCCACGGGAGGCUGGCAACGGGAGCCUGGGCGAGAGCUGGAUGCAGGGACCCUGCCGGCAAUGCACCUGCACCCCCGAGGGCAUUCAGUGCCAGGACACCCCCUGUGACGACCUCUGCCUCUGGGGGUCGUGGGGGCCCUGGGGACCCUGCCAGGACCCCUGCAGCGGUGGCUACCGCCUGCGCCAGCGCCGGCCCCAGCACCGGGUGGGUGACCAGCAGUGCCACGGUGCCCGUGCCCAGACCCAGAGCUGCAACACUGCUGCCUGCUCAGACGAGGGGUGUGAUGAGCGGGGCCGGGUCUUCACUGUAUCCUGCGCCAACCGGUGCCCCCGUGCCUGCGCUGACCUCUGGCCCCACGUCGAGUGUCUGCAGGGACCCUGUGAACCGGGGUGCCGGUGUCCCCCAGGACAGCUGCUGCAGGACAGGCUGUGUGUGCCGGUGGCCCAGUGCCGCUGCGGGCUGUCCACUGCCAAUGGCACCCAGGAGCUGUGGCCAGGGCAGGCAGCCGAGCACGGCUGCCACAACUGCACCUGCAGGAAUGGGACCUUCACCUGCCCAGCACUGGUGUGUCCCAUCUAUGGGCCCUGGUCCCCGUGGAGCCCCUGCUCCCACAGCUGCGGUGGUGGAAACACCUCUCGGCACCGUGAGUGCCAGGAGAGUGCUGGGGGGGAGCCCUGCAGUGCCACUGACACUGAGGAGAUGGCUGUGUGCAACCUACAGCCCUGCCCUGGCGGCUGCCGGCUGAGCCCCUGGUCCCCGUGGAGCCGCUGCAGCACCACCUGCGGCGGGGGCACCUCCGAGCGCCGCCGGGAGCUGCUGCCGGGGCCGGGGGAGCCGUGUCCCCUCCUGCCGCCGCCGCUGCUGCUGCUGCACCGCGUCUGCAGCGCCCACAACUGCUCCCCCGAGUGCCCCGAAGGGCAGCGCCUCGCUCCCUGCGCCAACGCCUGCCCCCGGCACUGCGCGCACCUCGGCCCCGGGGCGCGCUGCCUGACACAGGGCUGCGAGCGCGGCUGCGCCUGCCCGCACGGACAGGUGCUGCAGGACGGGGCUUGUGUCCCCCCCGCGCUGUGCCGCUGCCACCUGCCCCCUGCCCUGGCCAUAGCGCACAACCUCUCCCUGGCACUGGAGCUGCCUCCGGGCACCAGCCUGCAGCACGGCUGCACCCGAUGUGUCUGCGUCCACGGCACCUUCAACUGCUCCCAGGAGGAAUGUAAUGUGGACUGCCUGUGGUCCCCAUGGUCACCCUGGUCCCCCUGCUCAGUGGGACGGGUGAGCAGCAUUCCCAGCAUCACCUGCUCUGGCAGUGCCAGCAUGCAGGAGCAGAGUGCCAGGGGUCUACCAUGUGCCACAGCCCCUGGCCUCCCCCCUGCCAUGAGUGCCCCCAGCUCUGCUCCCUGCCCUGGGCACGCUGAGGCACCAUCCUGCACCACAUGGCACCAGUGCCAUGUCCCUGUGCCACAUGCAGCCUGUCCUGCCGGUGAGCGCUGGCAGGGCCCUGAUGUGCUGGACGGCUGUGAUCGGAGCUGCAGGGACAUUGCGGAGCCCCAGCACAACUGCAGCAUCCCCCUGGCCCCCGGCUGUGCCUGCCAGCCUGGGCACUACCGCAACAGCACCGGACACUGCGUCCUGGCCGCUCUCUGUGAGUGCCAGCACCGUGGGCAGCUGCACCAGGCCGGCAGCUUGUGGCAGGAUGGGUGUGAGACGUGCAGCUGCCAGGAUGGGAGAGUGACCUGUGCUGCUGGCUGUGCCCCACUGGCCUGCCCUGAGGGCACAGUGAAGGUUCGGGAGCCAGGGGGCUGCUGCCCCGUGUGCCGGGAGGAGUGGCCGGAGGAGCCGCCCGCCACGUGCCGGCGCCUCACGGAGCUGCGCACCAUCUCCAAGGGCCCCUGCACCCUGCGCGAUGUCGAGGUCUCCUUCUGCGCCGGGCACUGCCCGUCCCGCACCACCGUCACCGCCGAGGAGCCGUACCUGCAGAGCGUGUGCGAGUGCUGCAGCUACCGCCUGGACCCCGCCGGCCCCGUGCGCGUCCUGCGGCUGCCCUGCCCCGGCGGGCAGAGCCAGCCCGUGGUGCUGCCCGUCAUCCGCAGCUGCCAGUGCAGCCCCUGCCAGGGUGGGGAUUUCUCCCGACGCUGAGACCCCUCCAGAGUGCUCCAGACCCUGCCCCUCUCUGCAAUAAACCCCACACCCAGCAGCAGGG